GGUUGAACAAUGCAUGAACAGCAGCCACUGCUUCUCUCUCUUUCUCUCCCUCCACCUCCUGCUCUCUCUCUCUGUUGCUAAACACGCUUCCUUCUGUCUUGCUUUCACUCAGGCAGAGUCUGACAGAACAUCCAGCUUCAUGGGAUAGAGAUUAUCAGUGACACCCUGUUGAAGGCUUGGUCCCUCAGCAUUAUAAAAAAAAGGACAGCUUUCAGGGAAAAGUCCACUUCUGUCGUUUAAAGGGGCAGGAGAGGAAGGUUUUCUCUAAAAGAGAAAACUUUGAACAAGACCCCUUGCCUUGGGCUCACCACAAGAUUCUGCAGGGUGGAAAAAGAGUGGAAAUUCUAAGAACAAAGAGCUGGGUCAGAUACUGCAAUGAAACAAUAACUCCAGAUAAACAUACAAGCAUAAUACUGUCAACCCAGGGCCUAUAUAAAUACAAAAAAUAGGCAUGGGGUUGCUUGAUCAAGUCAAUAGCACCGUCAUCUUGGAAGAGCGUAUCUUAGAGAAGAAACCACAGUCUCGCUGGCAUGCAGACAGUCUUGUCACCCCCAGUCAAGGAUUUCAAGGCGGAUCCAGUGAAAUUAUGAUGGACAGCACCAAGAUCCUGGGGGUCCAAAUCAUACUGGUAAUGGCUUAUUCUCUCAUCAUUCUGCUGGGAUUCAUUGGCAACUCCUUGGUCAUCUACAUGAUAGUGAGAUACAAAACCAUGAGGACUGUAACCAACUUUUUCAUAGCUAACUUAGCUCUUGCUGAUUUAAUGGUGGAUACUUGCUUGCCCUUUACUUUGGCUUACACUCUGCUGGAUGAGUGGAAGUUUGGGGCUGUACUUUGUCACCUGGUGUCCUCUGCUCAAGCUUUAAGUGUUCAUGUAUCUAUUCUCACAUUAACCGUGAUUGCCCUCGAUAGGUACAGAUGUAUUGUUUUUCAUUUAGACAGUAGAAUAUCCAAGAAAAUCAGCUUCACCAUCAUAGCGAUUACAUGGCUGGUUGCCGCUCUCCUAGCUAGUCCACUGGCUAUCUUUCGAGAAUACAGAUACGAAGAAAUUCCAUCCAUCAACCUCAGAAUCGCUGUCUGCUCAGAGAAAUGGCCUUCUGGCAACAGAGAUGCCACUAUAUACAGCCUAUCCAUGCUCAUCCUGCAAUAUGUCUUCCCUCUUUCUAUCAUCUGUUAUGCCUACAUCAGGAUAUGGUUCAAACUGAAAAGCCACAUUAGUCCUUCUGCUAGAAAUGACACUCACUGUCGCAGGAAAAAGACCACAAAGAUGCUUUUCAUGGUCGUUGUGGUGUUUGCCGUCUCUUGGCUACCUUUCCAUGCUUUCCAGCUUGCCGCAGACUUAGAUAUGGCACUUGCCCUCCAUGAUUAUAAACUCCUUUAUACGGUAUUUCAUGUCAUAGCUAUGUGUUCCACUUUUGCAAACCCUUUGCUCUAUGGCUGGAUGAAUAAGAACUACCGCAAUGGAUUCCUUAUGUUCUUCCAUUGUCAGAAAAAGCCAGAGAGGCUCUAUGUAGAGGGAUCAAUUCGGGGGAGGUCCUUCACUUUCAAGGCUACUACUUUGAAUGGGAGCAUCAAGCACUCAACAGGUGAUGGACAGCUACCAACACCGGUUUAGUACAUAACAGCUUCAUCUCCACACAGGGCCUACCUGUGUUGCCCACCUAAAACUGUUGUUUCCUCCCCCCUAAAAAUAAAAUUGCCAAAUUUGAAUUGCCAAAAUGCUGUCAUUGUCAUAGUUAGAUGAAAGCACCUUAUCUAUUGGUCUCUCAAGCUUUGUGUACCAUCCAUUCUGCUUUCCCAAGUUAAACAAUCCUUGCCUCCAAUUUGUGUUUUGUGUUCCAAAAGAAGCAGAAAUCAUUUCAUUCCAGCAUGCUUUAAUUUAUGAGAAUAAAUACAUAAAUUUUACUGUUAUUUGAAGGGCAGGAGAAAUAGCAGGCAGGAUUAUUUCACUGCUUUAGGCGCUUAAGAGGGAAUGAAGUUGUUUGCAACAAUAUUGACAAAUCACAGCAAGCAAUGGCACUUAUUAAAUACAUGGUGUUUAUUUUAACUUCCUGCAGAUUUUUUCCACUCCUUAUACCAAAGAUCUAUCUUACCAUUCCUUAAUCAGAAUUCUGGGUAAUACAUUAUUAUAGUUAUAGUUCAACAAAAGAAUAGGAAUGAAAAAGUUGUAUAACACACGGGUUCUAUGAAAGUUGUUCUAAAGUAAUUAAUUCCAACUUCUCCAAAUAUUAAAAAGGGCAAAAUUUGCUUUUUGAUUUCCAGCAGAAAAUAUUGACUCUAAAUGUUUUUAGGCUAAUGUUGUUGAUAGUGACACUCACACUGCACUCCACUUUUUGCAUUUCAUUCACUGGUUAAAGUGAUUGUUAAAUCUUGUUCUUUAAUACGUAAAUAUUUAUUUUGGGAAUUGAAAUUCCUGUUCUUCUUGACUGUCAUGAAUAUUUCAUAUUAUGAGAUUGCUUUCCUACUUUUUCUGUUUGGGGGAUUCUAAGAUGUCAUCCAUAGCCUUCAUUCUUGGUAAGUUAUUGCAAAAAACAUGUCCUAUAAUACAGGUAGUCUUCGACUUACAAUAAUUCGUUUAGUGGCCAUUCAAAUUUACAACAGCACUGAAAAAUGUGACUUAUGACCGUUUUUCAAAAUUACGACCUUUGCAGCAUCCCCAUGAUCAUGUGAUCAAAAUUCAGAUACUUGGCAACUGGUUCAUAUUUAUGACUGUUGCUGUGUCUCAGGGUCACGUGAUCACCUUUUGCGACCUUCUGACAAGCAAAGUCAGUGGGGGAAGCCAGAUUCACUUAACAACCAGGUUACUAAUUUAGCAACUAUAAUGAUUCACUUAACAACUGGUACAAGAAAGGUCAUAAAGUGGGACAAAACUCACUUAACAAAUGUCUCACUUAUCAACAGACAUUUGGGGCUCAAUUGUGGUCAUAAGUCGAGGACCACCUAUACUUAUAUCCACCUACUUAACCAAUUCAGAUUCUGCAUGAAUACUAUAGAAGAACAGAUUUUCCUUAUCCUGAAUUCUCAGUUCUUCUAGUGUCCAAAGUAAGAAUCAGGAUAACUCCAGGUGGAAGGGAGAGUAAUUGCAAAGAGCAAAUGUGAGUAUUGUGGCAGUCAGUAAAGCACUCUCUCUAACUGAAAAUUUUGUGGUUCAUUGCCAACAUGUUGUAUCAAUUCUACCAUUGCUCCAGGUGAUCUUUAUCCAGAAUUGUUCAGAAAUGCUACGGAAUAUUGAUAUCCUUGACAAUGGUGUUUGCUCUGGGUCCUAGUAUGUAAAUGAAAUCUUCAUUAGCUAAGGGAAAGGAAUGGAGUCAAAAUGAUUAUAAUGAGAUUAGAGGUGUAAUGGAUAACUAUGUCUUCAUGAUGCCCAGUGAAAUAAUCAUCACAAAUUGCUGCCAAUGUACAUUAAAACAUCUAUCUGGAAGGAA